GCACCAGGAGAGAAGUGAACAAUUCAUUCACGCAUCAGUGCCUCCACAGCCAAAAGGCUCUGGGUGCAUAGUAUGGGAGCGCUAUGUUGUCCAGGAAAGGACUCAUUCCUGAUGAUUACGUGCUGACACGUUUGGCUGAGGAUGUCCAACCGCCCAAAUUCAAGGCGAAACCGAGGAAAGCCCGGUUCGUCGCCAAGAACGGCACCUGCAAUGUGGCGCACACUAACAUCCGAGAACAGGGCCGUUUCUUGCAGGACGUCUUCACCACUCUGGUGGAUUUAAAAUGGCUCCACACGCUCAUCAUUUUCACCAUGUCUUUCCUGUGCAGCUGGCUCCUUUUCGGGAUGAUCUGGUGGCUCGUCGCCUUUGCGCACGGCGACUUGGACCAGAAUGGAGACGACUUUAUCCCGUGCGUAACGGACAUUCACUCCUUCUCUUCCGCUUUCCUCUUCUCCAUAGAGGUACAGGUGACCAUCGGCUUCGGGGGACGGAUGAUCACGGAGGAGUGUGUCUCCGCCAUCAUCAUCCUGAUCGUGCAGAACAUCGUCGGGCUGGUCAUAAACGCCAUUAUGCUCGGCUGCAUCUUCAUGAAAACUGCACAGGCGAACCGGCGCGCAGAGACGCUCAUUUUCAGCAAGCACGCCGUCAUCUCCGUCCGAAACAACAAGCUCUGCUUCAUGGUGCGCAUCGGGGACCUGAGGAAAAGCAUGAUCAUCAGCGCCACCGUUCGAAUGCAGGUGGUAAGGAGAACCACCACCGAGGAGGGAGAGAUGGUGCCUCUAGACCAGAUCGACAUCCACAUGGAUAACCCGGUGGGCACAAACGGUAUCUUCCUGGUGUCCCCCCUCAUCAUCUGCCACGUGAUCGACAAGGACAGCCCUCUGUACCAGCUCUCCUCCAUCGACCUGCAGCACGAGGACCUCGAGGUGAUCGUAGUGCUGGAGGGGGUGGUGGAGACCACUGGCAUCACCACGCAGGCCAGGACCUCCUACGUGUCAGAGGAGAUCCUGUGGGGGCAGCGCUUUGUGCCCACCGUGUCCGAGGAGGACGGCAUGUACGCGGUGGACUACUCCAAGUUCGGCAAUACCAUGAAGGUGCCGACACCUUGCUGUAGCGCCAAGAAACUGGAUGAAGUUGGGGGCAUCGCUCUGUUUAAGAUGAACGAGGGCGUCACCUUGCGGCCGUCUGUGAGAAGGCGGCGGAGGUCCACAGUGGCCCGGCGGUCCAGGCUAGAGAGUUAGAAAAAGUGAUGAUCUGUGUAAAACAUGUCAGCCAGCAUUUUGUAUGAGAAUGAAUGACGAUUGAUUACUUAGGUAUGAAGAGUAUUAAAUGAGGACAUAUGUAUUUAAUAAUUAACUAUAUUAUGGGAUGUUAUCAGUAUAUUUCACCAUGCAAUCAAAUGUACUUGCACAUCAACAUGCUGUUUACUCAGGGUCAGUGUGGAAAUGCACAGAUAACAAUGCACUGAGUUUUAUGAGAUGUGACUGUCAUUUAAACUAAUGAGUCCUGAUAUCUAGAAUGGAGACAAAGUCCAGUUUGGAUGUUUAAUCUUUUUUUUUUUUUCUACAGACAAUUCUUUAUAUUUAAUUGUGUCAGAAUGAAAAAAUAUAAAGCAAUAAAGAAAGAUGCAUGUAAAGUGUGUUGUUUGUGGGCAAAAUAAUACAACUUCAAUAAAGUCCAAUACCAAUAUAAAUUGAAAAAAACGUAAUCUAUUUAAAUUGCCUGAUAUUUAUUUUAUAUAUCCUUCACAUUUGGUUAUAAAAGACUACAGACUGAGAUGAAUAAUGUUUAAUAUAUUUUAGACAAGAAAUUAACUCUGGUGGACAAAUUACCUCAAACAUGUUGGCGUUUCUGUACUGCAAUUUCUUAUUUAUCAGCUGACAAAUAUGUAAGUACAGAUAUUCUGUAUGAGUGAUAAACU